CACUAGAGCGAACGCGGCUCUGUUUACAUCUGCGGAAUUUCCCAGCUCGCGCCGCGAACCACUUCCGCAAACCUCCGGCCGAUCAAAGACGCGUCUCCGUCAAUAUACAGAAAGCGCUCCUCGUUUCAUUAAAAACAAAGAACUAGGGGUCAAAAACAGUACAGGGAAGCAUGUUUGGUAAGUGACGGGGGUGACAGAUGGAGGGAAAAGGCCCAUAUCGCAUCUAUGAUCCCGGUGGGAGCGAUUGCCAGGUGAAAGACGAGGCCAGCAGCCUCAGCUACAGACAGCUGCUAGAGGAAAACGCCGUUUUGAGGGAGAGAAUGAAAGGGCUAAAGAGUUUAGGAGACCUAUUAGAGGAGUCUCAGACAGAGGCAGCAAAGCUUCGGAAGAAGGUGGAGGAGCUGGUGAGGGAUAACGAAGCGCUGAAGUCGUCCACGACCAGCUUUGCCUCCAGUCUGUGCAUGGGCGCCCCUGUUCAGACAGAUAGACAAGGUCAUGGAAAACAUCACGCUCAUCCUACAACAGAAAGACAAGAAUCUCGGGAUUGUUUAACUGGAAAUACUUUACAACCAGAGGCAACUGAAAGUUCGUCUGAGUUUGAGGUGGUGAAUAUGGAAGAGAAGACGGUCUCGGAAACCCAGACGACUGGAGGGAUGCACCUGCCACAGGAGAACAUGGAGCUGGCGAGUCAACUCCGGCGACUGGAGAGUUCUUUUAGUGUAUUUGCUGAAGAGUCAAAUCCCAACCAGCUAAUGGCUCACCUGGGCCGCAUGGCUGUGGAAUUCCACCACUUAUCAUCCAAGGUCCAGAAGAACGAACAGAGAACAUCUCUCCUGCAGACACUCUGUGAACAGCUAAGACAGGAAAACAGCGAGCUUAGGAAAAAAAUGGAGGAGGACCUCCAUUACCGUAACCGAGAUCUGGAACAGCUGAGGCAGGAGAAUUUGAAACUGAAGGAGCAAGUCAGCGGAGGAGCCCUGGCAGCACCUAUUGAGCAGCCGAACCCAAAGGAGGAGCCAGUGAAAGAAGAGAUAGUCAAAACUAAGGUGGAAAUGACCGUGACUCAGCAGUCUGGUAAAGCUGUGGAAAAAACACCAUCUAAGACUUGUGAUCCGGAGGUGUAUGAGAAAAAGAUCAAGCUUCUGGAGAAACAGAGGAAAGAUGUACUGGAGGUGAACAAACAGUGGGACAUUCAGUGGAAUUCAAUGAAGACACAGUUUGAGCAGAAGAUCACAGACCUAAGGCAGCGGCUCACUGACUCCCAAAAGGCUGUGCUUGAGCUUGAAGCAGAACGAGAACUUAGACAAAGAGAUUAUGACAAAAAACUCCUCCUCGCCAAGUCUAAGAUCGACAAUGUGCAGGGUGAGAAGGAGUGCCUCACCUCAGAAACAUGUGAGUUGAAACAAAAGGUGCGUUACCUGCAGGACCAGUUGCUUCCAAUUACUAAACAAAGAGAAUACCAGGAGAAAGAGAUCCAGCGGCUCAAUAGGGCAUUAGAGGAAGCUUUGAACCUCCACUCUCCUUCUUCCACUCAGCCAGGCAUGAACCUGGGAGAAGGUGUGGCCAACCUGAGACAGCAGGAGCUGCACACACAGAUAACUGUAUUGAAGGAGCAGGUAAAAAUCUUUGAAGAGGAUUUCCGGAAAGAGAGGAGUGACAGAGAGAGGAUGAACGAAGAGAAAGAAGACCUGAGGCGGCAGGUGGAAAGGCUGCAGGGUCAAUUGACCAAUCUGACGAAUCAGCUUCAUCAAGCUCAGAAUGAGUGUCAGAGAGAGCGUUCAGAGAGGUGUAAACUAGAGAGACUGCAGAUGCAACAUAAGCAGGAGGGGCAACAGGAAAGGAGGACAUCUGAUCCCACUUCUGGCUCGGCCAAUGGCCCGAUAAGCCCUCCAUACUGUGGGCCGUUUGUGCAUGUGGGCCAUCCAGGUCUCGAUGGGUGGCCCAUACACUUUCCGCCCAGGAUGCCCAACAUCAGUACAGCACCCGGCAGGGAUUUCCAGCCUGUCAACCCCGGUUUUCCCUGGCAGUCAUCCUUCCCACAACCACGUGGUUCCAGAGGACAAGCAGACACAGCGAGACCCCCUCCAGACACUGCAGAAAUGGGAGCAACUGGAUUUGGGAAGAGGGAGCGUCUGAACAUAGACCCCGGAAAGCACUAACCACAAAUUCUCUCUCCUGGAAUGACUCCCUGCUAGUAGCAUGAUGCAGUUUAUUUUUAGUUGGCAUGGCGUGAACUAUUGGUUUUUUUGUUUUUUGUGUGUGUGUGAAAAAACACACACACACACACACACACACACACACACACAACUGAUAGAAAAUAUUGAAUAUUGUUUAUAUACUUAAGUCUUAUAAUCCUGUUUGUGAAACACUGUUCUGGCAAAUUAAGAAUAUACACAUUUAUUAUUUUACCUUUUUAUGAUUGUUCAAUUUUAAAUUAUCUGCUUUAUAUAAUUCUAUGCAUUUAUUGAAGUCAGUUAUUUAAUGGUUAAUAUGAUUGAACGUUAUUUUUAUAACAAUCUACCUAUAGAGUUAAAUCUCCACUGCUUAAUUAAAUGAUAGCUGCCUGAAAACAUGACAUUUAGUGUUUUGGUACUGAUCAAGACUGACAGACAUUUGUAUGUGCAAUUAGUGAAAAUAUGUAUCUAAAAAUUGUAACUCUAUAGGUGGAUUGUCUUGAAAAUGGCUAACAGUAGAAUGUGACUGAACUGAUUGAUGAUUCCUUCACUGGCUGUGGUUGAGAUGAUGGGAGAGGUCACAUACUGUUGAGCGUCUGCGCCACUGUUUAUUGAAGCCAUAUAUGACACCUGUUAACCUUUCCAUCUAUUAGAUUACGUUCUGGGAUUAUUUUAUUAAGCGCUUCAAUGGCUUGUUGAUCCUUCAGAUUCGUGUGAUUGUAAUUGAAAUGAUAAUCUAUUGAGGAGGGCUUUCAUCUGGACGACAGAAGUAUCACAGUAGUUUUGCUUAAUAUUUUUCAAGAUUCAGUGUUCAAAAACAUUAUUCCUUAUGUGCAUAUGGAAGUGAUAAGUUAUUUAUAUCUAUUGUUUUGACAGCUGAGUGUGGUUUAUUGUCUUAAGUGAUGUUGUCUUCAGUGUAUUGUUUUGUGUCUCCCUUUACAUAUUGUAGCUACUGGAAGACUGUAGGAUGUGAGUUUGUGCAUAUGCACAACCACAGGAAGUGGGCCAGAAUAAAUAAGUUAAUGCAUCA